CUUGUGUUCAAUAAUGUUACAAAAUAGUUUGGUUUAUAUUUACACUCAUUGGUGCUUGAGCAAAAACACACACCUACACACGUGUGUUAAACAAUAUAAACAUCAAGCUAGCUACAUUUUUCUAAUAACAAAGUGAAUAUAUGUUAAAAAAAAUAGUUAAUUAUUUUGUGUUGUAGUCCGUUUGCAGAUAUUUUUCUUUACCCAAGACAAUUGAACGCACUCUUUGGUCCUGCUAAUAACUGACCUAAUGUUGCAGCGUCCAUUCGUAUGAUUUAAUGGCUUCUAGGUUGUUAUUUCGGUUUGUGAGCAGGACUUUAUCUUCAGUGCCCGGUUCCACAGUGACAGCAAUCCGGAGAACACGAUGGCUAAACUUGACCACGUCCAGGAAGGCAGCUAUUCAGGAUGGGAGAGUAGGACUUCUCCUGGGAUUCUCUGCAUUUUCCUGUCUAGGAUAUGAGGCUUAUCAGCAGCUGAAGAGUUCAUCUGUGCUCCAUGCUGCUGGAAAUGAGGAGGUGAUGGAGCAGGCUGACUACCUGUACAGUUGCGCAGAGACACAGAAGCUUUAUCAGCUGUUGCUGCAGCACAAAGACAGCAAUGAGGCAGAGUUCCUGUGGAGACUGGCCCGGGCUUCCCGUGACCUUUCCCUCCUGCCUGACAUGGACCCACAGCAGAAAAAAAAGCUGGUGUUCGAGGCCUUGGAAUAUGCCAAGAGAGCUUUGGAGAGGGAUGACAAGUGCUUUGCAGCACACAAGUGGUACGCAGUGUGUCUGAGUGAUGUGGGCGAUUACGAGGGGACCAAGGUUAAAAUAGGAAACUCGUACAUCAUCAGGGAACAUUUAGAGAAAGCCAUUGAACUCAAUCCUAAAGAUGCCACGUCCAUACACAUCUUGGGAUACUGGUGCUUCAGUUUUGCCGCCCUGCCGUGGUAUCAACGCAAAGUGGCAGCUGCCAUUUUCUCAUCACCGCCUCAGUCUACUUACAAAGAGGCUCUGGACUUUUUCCUGAAAGCUGAAGAAGUGGAUCCAAACUUCUACAGCAAAAAUCUGCUCAUGCUCGGGAGGACCUACCUGGCCAUGAACGACAAGCAAAUGGCGCAGUUCUGGUUGACCAAAGCUAAAGAUUAUCCUGCUCACACGCUAGAAGAUAAAGAGGUCCAUAGAGAAGCAGUGGAGCUCCUCAAGAAGCUGGGAUGAAGCUGUGGUGCAUUUUGUCACUGUGGAUUUAACAACUGUACAGGAAUUCACGUUGAGCGUGCUAGUAUAAAAUGAUAUUAUAUUUAAAGAGGUUUACAGGCGUUUGAAGCACAAGUUGUUCGCUGCUCCUGUUGAGUUGAAAUGAAAUAUUUAAAUCCAUUCCUGGCCAUGACAAUUUGAGGACCUCCUGUGUCGUUUUGAAUAAACAAACGAAUACAAAUCUGGUCAA